AUGCAGAGAGAAGAAGUAUGAUUAUUAUAGCCUGCCGAAAACCUCUGUUGUGAUAGCUUUUUAUAAUGAGGCUUGGUCAACACUUCUGCGAACUGUUCAUAGUGUUCUUGAGACAUCUCCAGAUAUACUUUUGGAAGAAAUUAUCCUUGUAGAUGAUUACAGUGACAAAGAACAUUUAAAGGAGACUUUGGAAAACUACGUGGCUGGCUUACGCAAGGUGCGUCUUAUCCGUGCAAAUAAGCGAGAGGGGCUGGUUCGAGCCCGGCUGCUGGGGGCAUCUGUGGCAAAAGGCGACAUCCUGACGUUCCUGGACUGCCACUGCGAAUGCCACGAGGGCUGGCUGGAGCCGCUGCUGGCAAGGAUUGCAGAAGAAGAAUCAGCUGUCGUCUGCCCUGUUAUUGAUGUUAUUGACUGGAAUACAUUUGAGUACUUGGGAAAUGCUGGUGAGCCACAGAUUGGUGGAUUUGACUGGAGACUGGUCUUCACUUGGCAUAGUACCCCUGAAAGAGAACAAAAACGGAGGAAGUCCAAGACUGAUGUGAUCAGGUCUCCAACUAUGGCAGGUGGAUUGUUUUCUGUGAGCAAGAAGUAUUUUGAUUAUCUUGGUUCAUAUGACACAGGAAUGGAAGUCUGGGGAGGAGAAAACCUUGAAUUCUCAUUUAGGGUAAGUGGCUCAAUUGAAA